GGGCUUUGUGGAUGGGCUCCGGCUGCUCCGUGCAGAAAACGUGCAGUCAGCUCGUGUGGUUGGUCGCACGCGGGGACAAACAAACCGAGCACCGCACGGAGGGAGAGAGAGAGAGAGAAAGAGAGAGAGCUGCUGUCACUAGCGCUGAAUUCAAAGAUUAAACGCAGGGGUUCAAGGAGACUACGAGGAGGAGGGGGCAUGCAUGCAUGCACUGAUCUGUAAGAGUAGAUUUUCUUGUUUGGGUUUUUUUUUUUCCAAUCCAGGGAACUGAAAGUGGAGAACUGCUGAUGAAGCUGCAGGCGCACUGAGGCGCUGCCUGGAUUGUUUUUGCGUCUCACUCCCGGCAUUGUUGCUCGUGUUUCCCGGGAUGGAAUAAUUCCUUUCUUCGCUUUCAUCCAAGGAAUACCUGCGAGCCUACCCUCACCGCUCUCCAUGGUGCUUGAAGGCAGAGAGAUGGACGGCAUCGGGAACACCAUGCAGAAGAAGGCUGCCGAGCUGGAGCGUCUGGCCGAGGUGCUUGUCACCGGGGAACAGCUCAGGCUGCGGCUCCAUGAGGCGAAGGUGAUCAAGGACCGGAGGCACCACCUCCGGACUUACCCGAACUGCUUUGUAGCUAAGGAGCUCAUUGAUUGGCUGAUCGAACACAAGGAAGCUUCAGAUCGAGACACGGCCAUCAAGAUUGUGCAGAAACUUUUAGACCAGAGCAUCAUUCACCACGUGUGUGACGAGCACCGGGACUUCAAAGACAUGAAGCUGUUUUACCGCUUCCGGAAGGAUGACGGCACAUUCCCGCUGGAUAAUGAAGCCAAGGUGUUUAUGAGGGGCCAGAGGAUCUAUGAAAAAUUAAUGAACACAGAGAACAACCUACUGCAAACCAGAGAGGAGGAAGGCAAGUCGUUUGAGCGGACGCUGGUAGCCUCAGAGUUCAUCGAUUGGCUGCUGCAGGAGGGGGAGAUGCCAACCAGGGAGGAGGCUGAACAGCUGGGGCGGAGGCUUCUUGAACAUGGGAUCAUCCAGCAUGUCACCAACAAGAAUCACUUUGUUGAUGGGCCGCUCCUCUACCAGUUCAGGAUGAACUUCCGGCGACGUCGGCGACUGAUUGAACUUCUUCACGAGCGAGGGCGCAGCAUCCCAGAGAGCCACGACAGUCCCUUCUGUCUCCGGAAACAAAGCUCUGACGGAGGCAACACCAGCUUUCUCUCAGUGAGUCCCACAAAAGAGAUAAAGGUGUCUGUCGGAGUUCGUCGGAGCAGCAUGAGCAGCAGCUGUGGCAGCAUCGGUUAUUGCAGCAGUGGUUAUUACAGCAGCAGUCCUACGCUCAGCAGCAGUCCGCCUGUCCUUUGCAACCCUAAAUCUGUCCUGAAGAGACAAGUGAGUCCAGAGGAGCUGCAGAGACCAGGAGGACCUUUUAUAAAGAAGACAUUCACUAUUAUAGGCGAUGCUGUGGGCUGGGGGUUUGUGGUGCGAGGAAGCAAACCCUGUCACAUCCAGGCUGUGGAUCCAGGUGGACCAGCUGCCGCUGCUGGCAUGAAGGUGUGUCAGUUCGUGGUGGCGGUGAACGGAUUGAACGUCCUCUGUCACGACUACCGGACCGUCAGCAACCUGAUCCUGACCGGUCCGCGGACAAUUGUCAUGGAAGUGAUGGAGGAGGUGUAAGCAUUAAAGAGAGCUCCAAGAGGAAACCUCUCAGAAGAGUAAUGCAGGAAAAAAUGUGGGGACUGAAGUAGUACUUAACCUCAAAACCCCAUCGAGAGCGAAACACUGAAGACUUGAAACCACGUCUCACUAGCUCUGUUCCAGCAUUGUUUGAACAAGGUGGAUAACCAAGAAACUGUGUGUGUGCUUAAAAAUGAGGCUAUUGUAGUCAAGCAAACGAGUCAAUAUUUGGAGAAACUAGGUUGUUUUGGAUUUUUUUCCUUUGGUUUCGUGGUGUGCGCACUCACACACUGACACACAGAACCAAAACAGACACCACGGAAGAGCUUGGAGUAAGAAAAGUCACCAUGGAGAGUGUGUUCAAAGGAUGUGAGAAGAUGUGAAAUUAAGUUUUGCCAUUAUAACUCGUGGAUCAGAGAGUAGAAAGCUGAAAAUGAGGACGAAUAUUUCAUGGCGCCAUGAAAGCAACCUCUACUCCAGUGAGCUGUUCCUGGUGGCUCAACACUGCCCUCUGCUGAGAAGGACAGGAAGACACUUCACACUGCUACUACAUGUAAUUUCAGGGUUUUCAAGGGUGCCAUAAUGGAACCAUUAUGUUCAACGGGAAAAGACAAACACCUGCCGUCGCCAUGUGGAAAAUGUAAAAUACCAACUUAAUCGAUGUUGAGGUAGAUUUUUUCCUAGCUGCUAAGAAUGUAAUAAAGGCGAUAAACUUACAUGCUACAUUAAUAAGCACAUUGUAUAUAGAAAAGCAAUUAAAGACUUACAGACACAAAGUUUAGAAGUCCGGCUUUAGAAAAGCUGUCUCCCAUUAAACCUUGUAACCUAUUUUGAUUACCCGUGACAGCGCUCUGUUAGGCACUUUAACCUUAUAUACAGCCUAGAAAAUAGACAGUGACCGACAAUAUCACUGUCUGUAGUUUUUUUAAAAGAAUUCGGAGGUUUCUGUUAUACUUGCCUUUGAGAUGUGGACACAAGAUGUGUUACAUACCAUUAAGAAUUGCCAAAAGAGGGAAUACUAAAAAUAAAAAUGACUCUUAAUUGGAGUCAUACCAACCAGCCUUAAUGUAAACUUAGAGAACAUUUGAUUGACCUUUUAACUUUUAUAUAUCAUUUGAUGUUUGAUGUAUAAUAAAGAUAAGAAGUAAACAACCAAAGCACUUGGUUGACUGAAGCGUCCUUUUUGGGGGGAAUUUGAUUCAAUCAGACUUCCCUAAUUUGAAACUAAUGUGGAAGAAUGACUUCCUCCGCCCCUCCCCCACAUCCUUUUCUCCUUUAUUAUCUGUACAUGCGGAGCAGUUACACAUCAAGCACCAUAUCGUGUAUGCGCUAAAGAGUUUUCAGACAGAUAAGAAAAGAUGUAUAUGUACAGAAAUUUAAUGCAUGAUGGCCUUGUCUGAUUUUUGUCUCCAGUAGCAGAUAAAUGAGCGACACGCCUGAAUAUUCAAUCAUUUUAAAUAAAGGGAGCAGUUUUCCUCAGAAUCAAAGAACAUUUUGUUCAUUUUGGGGACUUUUUUCCAGCUUUUUCUGAAGAUUUCAUUUUAACUUUUUCAUAAGUUUGAGUCAGUAAGUUAAAAUUUUGAGAUACGUAACCUAAAUUUUGAGAUAAUAAGACAGAUUUUAAACUUACGGGUGACACUUUUUAAUUCUCUUGUAGUAGUGGAAACAAGCUUUUGACCCUACAGGUUUUACUCAGAGCGAAAAAUAGCUUCAUUUUUCAAAAUUAGUUUUCAAACUGAGAGAAAUAAGAGUUGGGCUCUAAUGAAGGCUCUGUGCCAAAACACUUUGGUCGUAUUCCUACUGUGAUGUAAACCAGUAAACAUGUGAAACGUGAGUAAAGUAUCCACUGUUUAUGAUGCUAUCUUUCUCUUUUUUAAUAACGUUGCUUUGGAAUUCUUUCUUUAGAUUUCAGGUUUAUCGCUUCACUGCUUCAAUGGGAAAAAGGUAAAUAAGAGAAUUGUUUCUAAUGAAUCUUUAAAUCCUUGAAUCAGCUUGAUGUAGCUCGAAGCUAAGUGGAUUAGAUCAGGCUUGAAUUAUAGCCUCUAAAUAAUAUGAGGAUCCCGCGUAUGUUACUACUGUGCCAUCUUGUGUUUAUACAUACUAGCAUGAAUUUAGAAAAAACAGAGCAUGGAUAAGUGAUACUCAUAUCGUUCAUACACUAUGUGUCUGUAGUCCUGAGCAGCACUUGUUCCUUGUUUUGUCUUAGACUAAACUAUAUUCCAUGUCUGGAGGAGGAAAUUAUUACUGCAAAAAAACACAGAUGCAGAAAUGUAAACUUUGUUUUCAACCACAGUAUAUUCACAGUUGUUACAGCCAAACUGUAGAGUUAAUAUGUCCUAGUGAACUACCUCCAAAUAUGUCCUGUGUAAUUAAUUCAGUCAACUAUUCAUUGAUUUAUCUUAAUGUGCUUGGAUGUAGUAGGCAGUCAAAUAAUGUAAAUAUGUGCUUGUUUAGCUUUAUCUCCUAAUCUAAAGCCCACUCCUUCAUCUGAUUUAUCUGGCAAAUCAUUUCAGGUACAACAGCAGAUUUUAGGCCUAACUCACUCAAUGAUCUAAACAGCUGGAAUAUGUUGUUGCCGAAUAUGUCCUCCUCAGAUUUACAGAAUUUUCCUCAAAAUCUGUAAUCUGCUCACGUUGUUACAUGGAUAAUGCCAUAUAUUGUACUGUUAAUGUAUCGUAUUAAUGUUCUCCAAAACGCUUUCAAGUAGUUGCACUUUGCUUUUACCCAGCAACCGUACAAUAUGUUUAUUAGAAAGAAACCUCAAAGCACAAAAUAAUUUCUUCUCUGGGUUUUCAUUAGUCUGAUGUAGCGAUUUCAUUAAUCUUUAAUGUUAAUAUCUACACUUGGUAUGGAUUCAAUUUUUCUCUGUUUUCUCUCAUUAAAAUUCAUCUAUAUGCAGUUUGUAACUUAGUAAUUCUUCUUUUGUGCAUCUGGAAAGUGAUCUGUGAUUUUCUUCUGUAGUUUCAUUGGACAGAAGCAGAUGACAGUUUGAUUUGGAGGAGAAGAAAGUUUCAAGAGUGUUAAAUCUUGAAGGGGUUGUGCCAGGUUGGCUUAUAUGAGUUUGCUGACUGUUAACCGAAAGCGUUUGCCUUAAGACCUGAGUUUGCUGCCAAUAACAGAUGGUGGUCACUUUGUUCCUCCUCUUUUCCCCCCUCAUUCUCUUCUCUGUUCAGUCAUUUGCAACUUUGCAAGGUGGUUGCUCCAAGUCACCACAGCUUCAGUUUUAGUGACAAUCAGUGUUGUAUAGAUAACAAAUGCACAGUCAUUUGAUCUGACAGAACGUACAUCACCGCUGUCUUCGUUUUUGUGCCGUUGCCGGUUCUAUACUUCAACUUCAAUGUGUAAUAAGAUCAAUGGGGAUUCUUGGCUAUAAGAGGUUACACAUUUUCAGCACAGCUGUUUGUUCUUUUUUUCUGCUAUCCGAGAUUGAAUGUUUGUUAUCAGAACAACAAAAGCUGACAGUAGCAGUCUGUUUUUCACAAAAAAGCUAAAUCUCAUUGUAAGUUCGAAUGUAUUAAAGAGCUGAUCAAGUGUCAAAUAAAUAAACUGAUUUCACAAAUUCA